AUGGAAUUAAACAAGUCAAAUAUAAUGGUUGCAACCGAUGGCUCAUAAGCCUCAAAACAAGCAUUCUUUGUACCUUAUUUUAUUAAAAUCAUAAGUAAGCUGUGGAGUUCUUUGAAUACAAGAACAUUUUCAAUCAAAUAAUUGUAGCACAUGUUUCAGAUCAAUAAAAAACAUACUUGCCAUUUGAAUUCUAAAGCACAACAAUUUAUGAAGAUUAUAAAAUUGAAUUGUUAUCAAGGGUAAUUUAUUCUCCUAUUUGAUUAUUCAUUAGUAUCCAGAAGCAAAUUACUAAUUGGUGUUUUAGGAGAAAGCAUAAGGACAAGAGAACAUUAGAAAUUAAAUUUUGACAAUUGCAGGAGAUUUGAAUGUCGGUUAUUUGAUAGUCGGAUUCAAUGGGAGAAAGGGACUCAAAUAGGAUGUCACACUUUUAGGAUAGACAGUGAGAAAUUCAGUGUACAAUAGUAAAGUGCCAUUGAUUGCUGUUAAAAAACUCUAUAAAAGAGAUGAAACCAAUGGAUUUAAAUUCGUGGUAUGCAUAGAUGGAUCCAAGAAAUCUUAUAAAUCAUUGGAAAGUGCAGUGGCCUUGUCCUUCGAUGAACGUGAUAGUUUAUUGAUAUGUUUUGCUCCCACUCCUGAUAGAGAGGCAUUUGGAACUACUAUUAAAACAAAGGUGGAAGAGUUUAUGACUAAAUAUCAAAGAAAAUGGCAAUAUAAACAAUUGGAUUCAUCCUAUAGAGCCAUAGAGAAUGUGAUUGAAAUGAUAAACAAUUCUGAUGAUCUCGACUUCGUUGUAUUUGGAUCUAAUGGGUAUAGAGCUCAAUUGGAGAACAAGACAUUUUUUGGUUCAACAGCUGAUGAAUUGUUGAAAAAGGCAAAGGCAAACAUAAUAAUGGUACCUUGA